GACAGCCUGAGCAUGGAGAAGGACAGCUGGAGAGAGCUGAAUAAAGAGGAACUGGAUCACCAGUAUUCCCCCAGCCACUGGUCCCAUCGCAUGGAUAAGGACGCUGUAAUAGAGGCACAUGUGAGAGAGACCACAGCAGGAACAAAACAAGCUCGCGAAACAGCAGAAACAAUACUGAAUGUCUCAUAUGGAGAAAGAGAGAGUGAGAAACUGGACAUGUACCUGCCCAAAGGACUCACCUCAGGUUUUCCACUUCUCAUUUACAUACAUGGAGGAUUUUGGCAGUUUUUGAGUAAGGAGGAGUCUGGUUUCAUGGUACGACCCCUAGUACUUCAUGGUAUCGGUGUGAUGGUGAUGGAUUAUGACAUCGCUCCAAGUGGUCAUAUGGAUCUAAUUGUGUCACAAGUCAGACAAAGCAUUGCUGUGACUCUGAAACAAUAUUCACAGAUCUCGGGAGUUUAUCUAUGUGGACAUUCUGCUGGUGCACACCUUGUUGCCAUGGCACUCUGCACAGAUUGGUCAGCGUAUGGGAUCAGCCUUGAGGUUAAAGGAGCUUUUCUGGUCAGUGGAGUGUACGACCUUAUUCCAAUCACCCACACUUAUGUCAAUGAAGCCCUUAGUAUGUCACAACAGGUGGCUGAGAGAAACAGUCCCAUUCGAUGUGUGAUGCAGACAAAGAGGAAUGUCAACAACUGCCAUAUGGUCCUUGUUGUGGCUGAGCAUGAUUCUCCAGAGUUCCAUAAGCAAUCACAUGAAUACCUAAAGAGUCUUCACGCAUCAGGAAUCAAUGUUUCAUUUAUGCAGAUCGAUUGCACCGACCACUUUGAUGUGAUUGAGAAGUUGUCUCAAGAAGACUAUGUGCUCACUAAGCUAAUUGUGGACACAAUUAUAAACUGAUGCAAUGCCAGAAUUAAGGACACCCAGGAAAACACCAAGAAACAAGGUAGAGGCUGUCACGAAUAACGGGCUGCAGGGGUUAGACACCUAACCCCCUGUUGAUUCUCAGUGGUUUUGGGCUCCUCAGAGCAACCGCGAUUUCCCAGAGCUUUUGUUUCCCUUGUUUUCCAUAUGUCAACCUGAUCUUGAAAGAGCUGGUCUCUGACCAACCUAUCCCUCUGUGGCCGGCCGGGCUCCUGGAACUACCGACCGGCCCCCACAUCCAGCACCCUUCGGACACCUUUGCCUCAGGCCACUUCAGAGGCCCCUUGGGGAGGGCAAGAGAUGGGCCAAUUGCCGGAGGUGAGCAUCAGCAAGAACCGGGGUUGGGAAAUAGUUCUCCAUGGGAAGGGCAAGAGACAGGGUGAUUGCCGGAAGGGAGCUCCCUUGGGAACCGGGGUCCCGGACCUCCCUCCAACACCCCUUUUUCCAGUGGCUUUCCCGGUGUACGUUUGGUCGCCCAUAACUUUCGAGCCGCACCAUGGAUCGAGGCUUUUUGGAAUGUAAUAGCUCGAGACACAGGGCUUUCCAACAACACCCUGGAAGUGCCGCUGCUCCCCCGGGAUCACCCCAAAUGCAUCAUCUCUAUACCACUGGACACUGAGGGCCCUUGGACAAGCGUCAGCCUGUCUGGAAGGGCGGGAAUGGGCAGGAAAUAUGAGGGACUGAUAAGGCUCUUAUCAAGAUCAGUUUAUGCAUAAAUGUUAUGUGUUUUCCCAAUAAACUCUACUUCGUGUUUUCACCUGAA